AGGAGUACGUACUGUUCAUGAGUAUUAUGCCCAGAACAAUGAACCCUCUUGUUGUUGGACGUGUAAUAGGAGAUGUUUUGGAUCACUUUACAAGUUCUGUGUCUCUGAGGCCUGUCUAUAACAAUAACAAAGAAGUCUUCAAUAGCGGUGAGCUCAAACCCUCCCAAAUAGUUAACCAACCAAGAGUUGAUAUUGGUGGAGAUGACCUCAGGACACUAUACACUCUGGUCAUGGUGGACCCUGAUGCACCUAGCCCAAGUGACCCAAAUAUGAGGGAAUAUCUCCACUGGUUGGUAACCAAUAUUCCAGCGACUACAGGGGCAACCUUCGGACAAGAGAUUGUGAGCUAUGAAAGUCCACGACCAACUUCAGGGAUUCAUCGUUUUGUAUUUGUGUUGUUUCGUCAAAUGGGUAGACACACAAUCAUUGCUCCAGGAUGGCGCCAAAAUUUCAUUACUAGAGAUUUUGCAGAAGUUUAUAAUCUUGGAUUACCAGUUGCUGCUGUCUAUUUCAAUUGUCAACGACAAGGUGGUUCCGGUGGAAGGAGGAUGUCGUAAUCUAAACAGAGCAACAAACACCCUUCAUAAUAUAUAAUAAUAUAUUAGAAUAUUGUUUCUUACGUUACAUGAGACAAAUUAUUUCAUGCAACAUAUAAAAAAAUGGGUGAGACUCAUUAAGAAAAAACAGGUCUUACUCACUUUUGUGUGUGUUGCAGGAGAUAAAUUUUUUUCUAUAACAUGAAAAACAAUAUUUCCAUAAUAUAUAAGAAAAAAACAGAAGAAUGAAAAAUAAUGGAAAAUGUUAGGUAUUAAUGCCUGAGUGCAGCAAUCCUCUAGUAAUAAUACGUUGAGGACUGUGACAGUACGCUGUCAAUCUUAUUAAUGCUGUACAAGUUUUUCGAAACCUCUAUAAACUUGGAAGUUGGUGUCAAAAUGUGAAGUUGGUGUCAAUUUAUUACUGCAAUUCUGCUUACAUAUACACUCCACAGACUUAGCGGAUAUCUUUAUGUGUCAAAAUGUGUCAGAAAUUAUG